AUGGAAAACUUUCAAAAUUGCACUAUUCUGAAUGGUGAAUUGAACUUGUCCUAUAUCGACACCGACACACAGCUGACCUCUCUCUCACUCGUUUCCCUUAGUCUCUACGACGUUCUCGAUGGACCAUUCAUUAUGAAUUUAGAGAAUCUUCACUCUGAAUUCUGUCUGACUUUUGAAGAAGUUCAGUUUUUCCUGGAAAACUACGUGUCCUUCAAUAAAAUACACGCAAAAUUCUGUCCGGGUGCUGAGAGUAUCAUGAUAGACGAUAUGGAAAGAAGAGUUUGCCAAUUCAAAAACAUGAAAACAUUGGCGAAGUCUUGUAUUUUUAUUUAUGGAACAGUAGUCAUUGAUUCCGGUGAUGAAGAGUAUGUUUAUAAGUUGGAAAGUCUGGAAACUAUAUUUGGAUCGAUAGUGAUCAAGAACACAAAAUUGGUAAAUUUGAAUUUUCUCGAGAAAUUGAGGUUCAUUGCAUCGUUAGAAGACGGAUAUGUCAUGGAGAUAUUGUCGAAUCACAACAUGACAACUGCAUCUUUUCCUGAUUUGGGUAAUAUCAUAUCUCGAGGAAAUCGGUACGUAGUUUUGAAUGACAAUCCACUUUUGAUCACCGAUGACUGCAUGAUAUUCCCUAUCACUUAUCAAACAAAUGUUGCAUUCAUUGGAAAUAAUUGCGAGAAUUCGAUUGCUAAUGGUCAUAAAUCAGCAACUAUUUAUUUUUCUGUGUUUAUUGGUAUUUUUGUUGAUUUCACUGGGUACUUUGGAGAGUACGAUUGCCGGAUGCCAUCCAGUUAUUCAGAUAUUAUAGUUGCGCUGAUAGCUGGAAUGUUCCAUGAUUGCUGCCGUCGAUUAUCCACGUGGCUUGCUGUUCUAAUGGCGUUAGUUCGAUUGCUUAUCAUAAAAAAUCCACUUAAAUCUAAUAUGGGAUUCCUCUCAACACCCUCAUUCGCCAUCAAAACGAUUUCGGUGGUUUUUAUGUUUUGUUUUAUGAUCACGUUGUUGGUUUUUGGUCAAUAUGAGUUGUCGGAUUUCGGUACUUACGAAAUCCAUUUUUGUGAAUAUCUGCCCAGCAAUUAUAGUGUUCCAUAUGAUUGGCGACUUUCUACUAAUCUUAUGUUCGAUGACAUCCGUCCAAAAUUAGAACAAACCAUAUUAUUUGUUGAUGGAACUUCAAAAAUAAUACCUGCUGUAAUUCUCCCGAUUCUAUCAAUUCUUCUUAUUCGAUGCAUACAAAAGGCUGUCAAAUCAAGAAAAAGUCUGAGCAAAGGUAGAACAGAAUCUGAAACCGAGAAAUCCAUCAAAAUGGUAGCAUUAAUGACAGUAUUCUCGAUGAUCGCUGAGGGGCCGACUGGAAUUGUCUACGCGAUUACUUCAUUUUUUGAGGGUUUUAUGCAUGUUUCGGAUAGCAGAGAAAGACUAGAUGAAAUUUUGGUAAACUUGGCAAACAACAUUAAACGGAAAAUCAUACUUUUUGAGGUGGUUCAAGCGCCUGGAGGGAAUUCCGCAUUCUCAACAAAUCCACGUGUUACUCAUUCUAAUGCUGUCGUUGAUUGA